CCCAGUCCGGGAGGAAGUUCUGCCGGGCGCUCUCCGCCGGUGCCUCCCUGGUGAUAUUGUUGAACAGGAAACCGGGCAGGGCGAGAGCCGCGCGGUCUAGGAGGGAGCGCGGGACGGCGAUCCCACGCGCGCCUGCCGGGACAAGUGGAGGCGACGCUGGUGAGCAGACGCCCCGAGGGUCGGGGAAGGAGCGAGGCCCGGUCCCCUUCUUAUCUAGCCUAAGACGCUGCGCUCCGGUGGGCGUCCCUGCUCUGGGAAUCCCGCUCAGAGUUUUUCCAGGCCCGGCCGGGCUGCGCCCGGAAAGGCCCUGGCGAGGGAGAAGCUCCGGUUCCGCGCAGCAUCUCCGGCUUCGCCCCUGGAAGCCCCGCCCACGGCGAUGGUAGGGGCCUAACCUGCCGCCACCACCGGCUCCGCCCACCCAGCCCAUGGGCUCCCUGAGGCCCACACAGCCGACGAAAACGCCGGGGCCGCGAUGGCGGCGGACGUGGAGGGGGACGUGUACGUGCUGGUGGAGCACCCCUUCGAGUACACCGGCAAGGACGGGCGCCGCGUGGCCAUCCGGCCCAAUGAGCGCUACCGGCUGCUGCGGCGCAGCACCGAGCACUGGUGGCACGUGCGGCGCGAGCCCGGUGGCCGCCCCUUCUACCUGCCCGCGCAGUACGUACGCGAGCUGCCCGCGCUGGGCAACCCUGCGGCCGCCCAGCCUCCAGGUCCCUACCCGGGCCCCGCGGCCCCCGAGCCGCUGGCCUACGACUACCGGUUCUUGAGCGCGGCGGGGGCCGCGGGCCCCGACGGCGCCCCCGCGGAGCCCCGAGGCCGCGUCAGCUCCCUGUGCGGCCCUGCGCAACGCGGCACUGCGACCCAGCGCAGCAGCCAGGCGCCGGGCCUGCCCGCCUGCCUGUACCUGCGGCCCGCAGCGCCCGUGCGGCCAGCGCAGUCCCUGGACGACCUGGCGCGCACAGCCGUCUCGCCUCCUGCCGGCCUCCUUGGAAGCAGCGGCAGCUUCAAGGCCUGCAGCGUGGCGGGCUCCUGGGUGUGCCCGCGGCCCCUGGCGCGCAGCGACUCAGAGAACAUCUACGAGGCCAUCCAGGACGUGCGCGGCCCGCCGAGGGAGGAGAGCGCGGAGCAGGUGGACGACCCCCCGGAGCCCGUGUACGCGAACAUAGAAAGGCAUCCCGGGGCCACUUCGCCGGGCGCCUCAGCGGUCCCUCUUCCCAGCCCGGUGUGGGAGACGCACACGGACGCGGGCACCGGGCGCCUCUACUACUACAACCCGGACACAGGCGUUACCACCUGGGAGUCGCCCUUUGAGGCUGCCGAGGGCGCUGCCAGCCCAGCCACCUCCCCUGCCUCAGUGGGCAGCCACGUGAGCUUCGAGACCGAGUGGGGCCAAUACUGGGACGAGGAGAGCCGCAGGGUGUUCUUCUACAACCCGCUGACGGGCGAGACGGCCUGGGAAGACGAGGCCGAAGACGAGCCGGAGGAGCUGGAGAUGCAGCCGGGCCUGAGUCCUGGCAGCCCUAGGAACCCACGGCCCCCCACCCCCGAGACUGACUACCCCGAGUCGCUGACCAGUUACCCUGAGGAGGACUAUUCUCCCGUGGGCUCCUUCAGUGAGCCCGGCCCCACUUCUCCCUUGUCCACACCUCCCGGCUGGUCAUGUCACGUCAGCCAGGACAAGCAGACGGUCUACACCAACCACUUCACCCAGGAGCAGUGGGUGAGGCUGGAGGACCCCCAUGGGAAGCCAUACUUCUACAACCCAGAGGACUCCUCCGUUCGAUGGGAGCUGCCCCAGGUCCCUGUCCCUGCCCCUCGAAGCAUCCAUAAAUCCAGCCAGGACAGUGACAUCCCAGCCCAGGGCAGCCCUCCAGAGGAGAAGGUCCCAGCAGAGUUGGAUGAGGUUGGGAACUGGGAGGAAAUAUCUCCUGCCACAGCUGCUGUGAGGACCAAGACCUUGGACAAGGCAGGGGUGCUCCAUCGCACCAAGACGGCAGACAAGGGAAAGCGGCUCCGGAAGAAGCACUGGAGCGCCUCCUGGACGGUGCUGGAGGGUGGCGUCCUGACAUUCUUCAAGGACUCAAAGACCUCAGCUGCAGGCGGCCUGAGGCAGCCUUCCAAGUUUUCCACCCCUGAGUACACAGUGGAGCUGAGGGGGGCCUCUCUCUCCUGGGCCCCCAAAGACAAAUCCAGUAAGAAGAAUGUGCUCGAGCUGCGGAGCCGCGAUGGCUCAGAGUACCUGAUCCAGCACGACUCGGAGGCCAUCAUCAGCACCUGGCACAAGGCCAUUGCCCAGGGCAUCCAGGAGCUGUCCGCAGAGUUGCCCCCUGAGGAGGAGAGCGAGAGCAGCAGCGUGGACUUCGGGUCGAGUGAGCGCCUGGGAAGCUGGCAGGAGAAGGAGGAAGACGUGCGGCCGAGUGCAGCCCUGGGCCCCGGGGGUCUGGAGAGCGACUUGAGCAAGGUCCGGCACAAGCUCCGCAAGUUCCUCCAGAGGCGGCCCACACUGCAGUCGCUGCGGGAGAAGGGCUACAUCAAAGACCAGGUGUUCGGCUGCGCGCUGGCCGCGCUGUGUGAGCGUGAGAGGAGCCGAGUGCCGCGCUUCGUGCAGCAAUGCAUCCGCGCCGUCGAGGCCCGCGGUCUGGACAUCGACGGGCUGUACCGCAUCAGUGGAAACCUGGCCACCAUCCAGAAGCUGCGCUAUAAAGUGGACCACGAUGAGCGCCUCGACUUGGACGACGGGCGCUGGGAGGACGUCCACGUUAUCACCGGUGCCCUGAAGCUCUUCUUUCGGGAGCUGCCCGAGCCCCUCUUCCCCUUCUCGCACUUCCGCCAGUUCAUUGCGGCCAUCAAGUUGCAGGACCAGGCCCAGCGCAGCCGCUGUGUACGCGACCUGGUGCGCUCGCUGCCCGCCCCCAACCACGACACGCUGCGGCUGCUCUUCCAGCACCUCUGCAGGGUGAUCGAGCACGGCGAGCAGAACCGCAUGUCGGUUCAGAGCGUGGCCAUUGUGUUCGGACCCACGCUGCUGCGGCCCGAGGUGGAAGAGACCAGCAUGCCCAUGACCAUGGUCUUCCAGAACCAGGUGGUGGAGCUCAUCCUGCAGCAGUGCUCCGACAUCUUCCCGCCGCACUGACGGCGGGCCUGGGACUGGGGCGGCGGCCGCAGUCCUGCCACACCAGCUGGGCGGCAGAGGCUGUGAGCCGGGCCUCCUCCUCUCUGGGACCCUCCGCCAGCGCACAGCCGCAGGCAGAUGUGACUUCUGUACCCUCGAUUCUGAGGGUACGGUGACCCCUAGUGGGCACUUCGCAAAAUGUGAUUUACACCCCACCCCCGGCCCCGCCCCGCACGCCCCGUUUGGGGAUUAAUCAGGUUUUUUUCUCUGUGGCAUCGCGCCUACUGUGCGUGUGCGAUAGCGUGUGUGGGGGCGAGAGUUUGUUUUCUGGAAUGGUGGGUGCUGGGAGGAGGAGCUUGGUGGGGGGCUUCCUGGCUGCUUCUGGUGGUCACCUCGUGGAGGCCUUCGCAGAGACCCUGUGGGUCCUGGCCCUGUGCCGGCACUGUGCCAGUUAUGGAGCAGCUGUGACCACUUCCCCGCUGUGUAAACAGGACCGACCUAGCCUCCAGCGGGCGGCCGAACGUGCCCUUCUCAGGCCUCAGAGAUGACCUCCUGCCUGGGCCUCUCACAGGCUGGCUGUGGGCCAGUUUCAUCUGCUUUCCUGUUGGGGGUCCU